AUGGGUUUAUUUGGCGGUCGAAGCGCCGUCGAAGUGCGUGCUGAACAGAAGUGGGAUUAUAUUAGUUUAAAAGACUUCAAAUCCAACUCUGGCUUUGCGGUUGCCGCUUACAUCUAUUUGUACAUUUCGGUUCUUAUCUCACUUGCAGUCUACGGCGUUGAUAGCUUUACUGCUGUCUCGCUUCUGGCUUUUGGCAAAUGGACAUCGAGCAUUGAUGCAAAUAAGAUCAUCGACUUUACCAUUCAAAAAUGGAUCUUUUCCGUUUGUAUCAUCGCUUCAUUUGUCAAUCUUGGUUAUGAACAUUUUCGUGCCUGGCGCGUCAUGAAGCGCGGCAGUGUUGCAGAAUGCUAUUUGGACAACUUGGCAGUCAAAAUGGAAAGUACGAGGAUGGGCAGUGGCCAAGGCUGGCGACGCUUCUUGGUCUUUGCCGAGUUGACCAAGUCCAAGAAGGGAGCCGAGUAUGUUGCCUUGUUCACCUACUUUAGCUUUCAGUCUUGGAUCCGAGUCAUCUUGUGCUCUGGACCACGUCAAUUUGUCAAUGCUAUUACAAUCUAUGCCGUAUUCAAAUCGGAUGACUUUUUGACAGACAAAGGCUCUGCCGACCAGUCUAUUAUGAACUUCUUCACCAAGGUUGGUGCGCUUGCCAAUGAGAACUAUCAGCAGGCAGUUGUAUUAUCUGGCAUGGUAUUCACGUUGAUCAUCUGGGUUUUCUCUGCUCUGUCACUUUUGCUGGGGGCCAUCUUCUACAUCUUCUUCCUCUGGCACUACAUCCCUAAGCAGGAUGGGGGGCUAUCCGGGUACUGCGGACGGAAGAUCAACAAACGAUUGAUGAGGAUCGUUGCCAAGAAGGUCAACAAGGCUAUUGCUGAAGAAGAGCGACAACGUGCCAGGGCUGAGUUCAAAGCAGCCAAGAAGGCGGGUGAAAAGCCGCCGGUGGGAAGGCAGGCUACGUUGCCCACGAUACCAAACCUGGAACCGAAGAAGGACGAUUCUCUGCCAGAUAUGCCCAUGCUCAAUCGCAACGAUACAAUGGCAACAUUGCCUGUGUAUACGUCUCGGCCUGGCAGCCCGGGUGGCAUUGAGAUGAAUCCUUUGCCGCAGCAGCGUCCAAUGCCACAACGCGCAGGGACAAGCAAUACCUUCAUGUCACAAUCAAGUUACUCUUCCAAUGCCCCGCUGAUGGGCAGUGCUGCUGGCAUGGGUUAUGAUCGUUCUGCAUCUCCUGAACCAACACUGCCCCAAAUCGACCUCAACAACUAUCCUCCAUUCCGGCCUAAUACAUCCCAAUCGAACCGGAGCUUCGGACAGGGCCCUUCGUUGCAUAGAGUCCAGACUAGUAACGGCUCCAACUUCGGCGCGCAAUACGCUCAAAGUCCAUCAGCGUACCAAUCGGACCAGAUGCCAGUUAUGCCGCUACCAGUUAGAGCGCCGACUGUGGGAAGCAUGGAUAGUUACGGUCCUCCUGGACCUCGCCCAAUGAACCAAUUCGGGUCUGGCCCUAGGCCAAUGCCUUCGGGCAGGCCAGUUUUCGACGAUGGCAUGAGUGGCCGUGCUAGUCCUGCGCCCUCAAACUUUUCCUAUCGCCCUGGUCCAGGACCUUCCCGACCAUUAUAUGAGGAUGGAAUGAAUGGUCGCGCUAGUCCCGCACCCUCUAACUUUGCGGGCCACCCAGGUCCCGGUUCAGGUCCAGCCCGGUCAACUUACGACGAUGGAAUGAGUGGCCGUGGCAGUCCCGCGCCCUCCAACUUCUCUAGCCGUGGGCCGCCUAUGAAUAGGCCUGGCUUCAAUGGCGGGCCGAUGUCGCCUAUCCGUAGCGCAACUGGUCCGGUCUAUUUGCCCAACAGACCACAAUUGCCGCCUCAGAGAAAUAUGACAGCACCGAUGCCGCCCAGACCUGACGACUACAUAAACCGUCCUGGGACUGCUACCAGCCAGAGAACUAUGCCCAUGCCGCGACCCGGACCUGGGCCAGGAUAUGGGUAUAAUGAUGACAUUGAGUCUCAACGAGGUCCACCACCGCGGUGGUGA